UCUAUAAUUAAUAAUUACAGACAAUAAAAAAUUAUAAUAUUUACAUAAUUUAAUACAUGUGGUAAUAAGUUAUCAAAAUGAAGAUAUAAACUUAAAUUUACUAUAAUAAAUAAAUUAAAAUUAUUUAUUAAUUUUAAAAAUUAAUAAAUACUUAUACACUAUGGCUUCAGCUUCAAGUACAAGUGCUCGAAGUUUAUUUGUUGAAUCAAAAAUGAGAUUAGCUGAUAGAGUACAAGUUAAUGUGAACAAUAUUGCAUCUCUUGCCAGACAAAUACAAAGAGGUUCAAAAAGUAGCGAAAUAAUAAUACAUAGUGCAAAAAAUUUUGCACAGCAAGAACAUGGUGUAGAGAUUGCAGAAGCUAAUCUAAAAAAAAUUGCUCUUAUAACUACUCAUUUAGAAUAUCAAAUGGAAUCUAUUAACAGAAGUUUUAUGACUUUGGAAGAAGUUACUGAACAAGUACGUGCUAUGCAAAGAUAAAUUAUAAUAAAUAUUUACCAUAUUUUUAUUUAUAAUAUAUACUUAAUGAUAUAUUUUG